AUGAGCAAAUCAAACUAUCACUCCCAAAAUUUAUUUACUAAUGAAAUAACAACAACCAAAACGAACGAACAUAUCACACGGAAGUCGAUUACUAUUCGUGGUGAAAAUCUUACUAUACAAGAUUUCAUAAAAGUUGCUCGUCAUCAUCAUCCAGUGGAAUUAUCUCACGACGAUGUUGUAUGCAAUCGAAUGGCACAAUCAGUUAAUAUUAUUGACAAUGUCGUAAAAGCCUCUUUACCGCUCUACGGUGUUACAACACUCUUCGGAGGUCUCGCCAAUCGUGUAGUAUCAAGUGAAUUUGCUGUUGAACUACAAAAUAAUUUAGUUCGUGCCCACAAAGCUGGUGCUGGCUCGAUUAUGCCACUAGAAUCGAUUCGCGGAGCUAUGCUUUUGCGAGCCAAUGCUCAUUUAAUUGGUGCCUCAGGUAUCCGUCGACAGUGGGACGAGCGACUUGUUCUUUUCUUGCGCAAAGACGUCACACCUCUCGUACCUGAAUUCGGAUCUAUAGGAGCAUCGGGUGAUCUCAUACCUAUGUCGUAUAUCGCUGCAGCCAUAUCUGGUGUAGAUGAAACUGUACAAGUAGAUUUUCAAGGUGAAAAGAUCAGUGCACCUGAAGCAUUGGCACGACUCGAACUCAAACCUGAAUUAUAUAAUGCAAAAGAAGGCCUGGCCAUGUUAAACGGAACUAGCGUGAUGACGGCUUCAGCGGCACAUGCUUGCUAUGAUUUUUACAUACUGAUGGCUGUUACACUUCACGUUCACGCGAUGGCUUUGCAAGCACUUACUGCCAGUAACCAGCCGUUUCAUCCAUUUCUUCAUAAGAUUAAAGGUCAUUAUGGACAGGUAUGUGAAAAUCAUUAUUAG